UUUUUGUUGUCAAUUAUGUCUACAAGAAAAUUUGAAUCUGGGCAUGAAAAAAGAAAAAAAAAAAAAGAAUCUGAAUUGGAUUGGAUUAGAAAUCUGCAGAGAUUGAAUCUGAAACAAUUUUUAUCAACAUGCCAAGCUUUUUGAAGAUGGAAAUCUUUUCAAAAAAAUCAUAACAAGAACUUUGACAAGCAAAAAUACUUACUAUAGGGUAAAGCUCUAAAGUUACUUCUUGAAAAUUAAAAUACUUACAAUUAGCAUGCUUUUGAGUGAAUUCCAUAGUGUUGGAAGGGGCUUGCCAUGAACUACCUCACACUCUGCUUCCACUAGUAGAUUCUCAAAUAGGAUUAGUAAAUUGGUCAAAGGGUACUGAGUGGUGAAUUGUUCAGAAAUAAAUUGGUAAUUUUUUUUUAUUAAUUACCCAAGUAGGAUUUUGAGAUUUUCUAUGCCUUAAUUAGUCAAUUGUCUAAAGAAACUUUGUUAAUUAACUAAAAUUGAAUUAAAAAGCAGUUGGAUUUUGGUUGAGAUAUUUUGAUUUAGCCCACCCCAUUGAGAAAUCCUAGAUCCGCCCUUGUUUAGCAGCGACUGGUAGCCAGAAAACCCGCUCCCUUAUUCUCCUUCAACCAGGUCUCCAGCAGUGACCUGGUAUCUCCCAUGGGCGACGACCUAGUGGUCGCUAGCAUCCACGGCGAUAACCAGGUCACAAAAAUGACCUGGUCAUAUUCUUUCGUGGCGACACAAAAAUCAUCGUGGUGUUCUGAUCAAGGCUGUCACUUGAGUUCACGGUGUUGACGCUUCAAGUUUUGGCUCUCGAUUUGGUGUAGAGAUGAAACUAUGCUUUUUGGUCUUCAAUGGAGAUAGAGAAGGGAGAGAGAGGUUCAUUUAGGCAAGGUUUUUUUUUUUGUCUAUUUAUCAGGAAUCUUCUUGUGAAGAAGAUGAAAUGGUAUAAGGGUGCUUGGGUGUAAUGAUAGCAAGAUGGGUCGUUUCCCUUGGUCUCAGUAUAGGAGAGGUUUCUUGAUAAGGUUGGCUAGGUGUCCACAUUUUAGCUCUCUUGCUCCGGCUCCGUUUCUGGCUUGGCGAGGAAAGAAGGUCGACCUAGUGAUUCCUAAAUACAUGUCUUUAGGGUACGAUCCUUCCGGUCUAAGCAAAGGUUUCGAUGGGUUUAUUGAGGUCGGCGAGUCGAGUAAUGCCUCUGGCGGCGGCGAGAACAACAUUCCUCCGGUCAUUGUUGAAUAUUGGUUCCGCCAGGCUUCUUGAUGUCGCCGGCGAGAACAACCACCUUCCGCUAGUCACCGGCGAUGAUGCGCUUCUAGAUGUCGACAAGGGGAAAAGUGCAACCACUGGCGCUGGAGACGAUGUACUUCUCGAUUUCGGCGAGUCUUCCACCGGCUACGACAACCUUCCUGUAGUCCCCGGAGGGGAUGGGCUUCUUAAGAAUGGAAAGAUGACUGAGAAUUAUGGGAUGGAGGGAUUAUGUUAUAACAUAUACAAUUAUAUAUGUCAACAUAACAACUACUCCCUCCGUCUCAAAUUAAAUGUCCGCCUUUCCAUUUUUGGCUGUCGCAAAAUAAAUGUCCCUUUUGAAAAGUCAAAAUACUAUUUUUUGUAACAUUACCAAUUUAACCUUCUUACAUUGAACUUAUAAAAAGUAAAAUCACAUCAUUUGAACCCACUAUGGACAUAUUUGAUAAUUCAUUCACUACCAAUACAAUAAUAAAAUAUUAAAACCCAUCGUCUUAAAAAGUUAGAUUCUCGAAGAGGGCAUUUAAUUUGAGACGGGAGGAGUAUAUAACUACAUAUACUUCCUCCAUCCCAUAUUGCUUGUCCACCUUUCCAUUUUUAGGGGUCCCAAAAUAGUUGUUCCGAUUGAAAAAUCAAUGUUCUAUAUUUUGCAACAUUUUCAAUUUACCCUUCUUGUAUUGAACUUAUAAAAACAAGUAACGUGUAAAACAUGAGGUCACUUUGGACUUAGCAUUGAUAGAUUUGGUAAUUCAUAUAAUAAACAAUAUUAAGGCUUCGUUUGGAUUGACAGAAUUGGAAAGAAAAGAAAAGAUAGGUAGGGAUAGCGAGUUUCAUUUCAUGUUUGGUUUUAUAUCCUUCCAAAAGUAGGAAGACUUGGCGGGAGGGUAACAACUUAAGUGAAGUUUUCAUAAUUCCAAAAAUAACCUCAACAUUUUAAAGAAGGAAAUUUAAAAGACAUUGGGGUCUCAUCUUAACAUUAGGGCAUAUAGUAAAUUGGUUAAAAUAGUUUCUUUUCUUUUCUCUCCUUUACUUUUUUCAAACAAGAAUGCUAUCCUUUUCUUUCUUAUCCAAACAUAAAUGCAGGUUAUUCUCUCAUAACUAUUUUUUGAUUAGUAAGAUCGUAUUAAGAAAAGCAUUCAAAAGGGGAAUGCAUCCCUCAAAAGCUAUACAAGGCCAAAUAGGGCUUCUAAACUCUCAAGAAGUCCCAAAUACUCUACCGUCUCCACCAUGCAUUAACAAUUUCUCCAUAGAACCCAACAAAAAGGAGUGCUAAUAAUGGAGAACUUUAGCUCGCCAAUAGGAUUCUCCUUCCCUACAAAGGAUCUCUUAUUCCUUUCAAGCCAUAAACACCAUCAAACACACAAAGGCGUGUAACCUUCAAGAAAUCACGGACCCCCUCCCCCCUCUCUUCCCGUCCACCCUUUCCAAGCCUCCACCAAAUCUCUGGAGGAUCUGGGCAUAACCCAUUGAAUCCUAAAUAAACCUAACAACAUGACCAAGCAGUCCUAAGCCACUCGACAAUGCAAAAGAAGGUGAUCCACUGUAUCCGCAUUUCUCUUACACGUAGCAACAAUUGACCACCACUUCUCUCCUCUUUAGGUUAUCCUGGGUCAAAAUCUUCCCCAACGCGAAGUCUAUGCAAAGAAAGCCACCUUAAGAGGGGCCUUAGAAUGUCAAAUAGCCUUUCAUGGGAAGGAUUUUCUCUUAUAAUUAACGUUAUCAUUUUUUUUCUUUAAUAUUUUUUUUUAUUAUAUUGGUAGUGAAUGAAUUACCAAAUCUACCUAUGGUGGGACCAUAGUGAUGUCAUUUUUUACACCUUUGAGUUUUUAUAAAUUCGCUGGAAGAAGGGUAAAUUGGGAAUGUUGCAAAAUAUAGUACAUUGACUUUUCAAUUGGGACUAUUUUGGGAUAGCUAAAAAUGGAAAGGUAUACAAGUAAUAUGGGACGGAGGGAGUAUAUUCUUGUCCAUCUUUCCAUUUAGGGAUUUCUCAAAAUUGUUGACCCUCAAAUGUAAAAAAUUUCUUCUGGAAAUAUCCUCAACUUUUGAAAAUUACCCUAACACUAUAUUUUGAAGGAUAGUUUUGAAAUUUAAAAAGGGGACAAUGCAUGUCCUUUUAUAUAGUUGAAAUUUCAAAGUUGGACAACAAUUUUGAGACGGAGUGAGUGUACAUGUUAUAACAUAGCAAACAACUAUAUAUGUUAUAACGUAUCUUUACUAUACGUUAUAUGUAGCUCAGGGGGGAAAAUAUAUUUGUUAUGUUUACUAACGUAUAGUAAAGUUAUCUCCCCCCCCCCCCCCCCCGCCCCGCUGGGCCGCGCUCCGAUAACUAUGUACACUAAAGAUAUUCAGCUAUUAGUUAGUUCAUGAAUAAAUGAUUCAGCUUUUAGAUGCCGAUUGUAUUGACCUUUGGGGAAGUAUUUUUGUCUAUAUCUUCACGUAAGUUGUUUGAUGAAAUGCCUUUUGUUAUUAGGGGGUUCGAAGUAGUGUUCUUUUAAAAUAUGCUUCAUGGUUGAUUGUUCUUGACACUAAAUUUUUUUUUUGAUAGAUUUUUUAAAGGGGUGCAACACGAGGUUCUUGACACUAAUUUAAUAAGUUCUUUCCCCUUCCCAUUUUCCGGUUUUCCUAGUUUCCAAAUUAAAUUGGUUAACCAAAUGUGUCUAUUGAAGCUUGUAUCCUCAACCUCCCCUUUAGGGAGGUGGAGGACAUACCACUCAAGCUAUCCCUUUGGUGGUUCAAAUUGUAAUGCUAACAUAGAAAAAUGCAACAACAAAACAUUUAUUUUUCUAUUGCAAGGUUGAUGGGCUUGAAUUAAACUCUCAACCCCACAUUUGGUUCAAAUUAUUAACAUGUAUUGUUCUAUAAUCCUUUUUUUUCCUUUCCCCCUUCGUUACUGAUUAAGUGGAAAAAUGCAUGUGAUGGAGGCUAUGCCCUCGCAUCCAGAACCAGACUUGAUCACCUUAUAUUAUUGUUCGUGUUUUAAUAUUAUUCAUAUCAAUGAAAUUACAUAAUAUUUUUACUGUACUGUCUCAUCUUUUUUAGUAAGCAACAUAUAACAAACAGAAAAAAAAUACAGUUUGAGGGGCGUGUAGUGUGCUACAAGCCAACAAAUGGAAUUUUGCCCAACUUGUGGGAUAUUGUUGCAGUUUGAGUUGCCCUAUAUGGGACGACCUGCCAGAUUCUUCUGCCCUACAUGUCCAUACGUGUCUCACAUGGAGAGCAAGGUUAAGAUAAAGAGAAGGCAACAUUUAGUUAAGAAAGAGAUAGAACCCAUUUUCUCUAAAGAGGAUAUGAAGAAUGCUCCCACAACUGAAGCAACGUGCCCCAAGUGUAGGUUUGGGAAGGCUGCUUUCCAGCAAAUUCAGAUCAGGUCAGCUGAUGAGCCGAUGUCAACAUUUUACAAGUGUUUGAAUGAGCAUUGUGGAGAGCAGUGGCGCGAGGACUAAAUACAUCGCAUUCCUGCAUUUAUCUUUGCUGCAAUGCAGGUUGUGUAUCCAAUUUUGGGUGAAAUGAUUUUUUGUUCCAGUGGUCAGCUUACAGGAAUGAAUAAUAAAAAAUAACAACCAAAUAUUUUAUAAUUCAAUUCUUCAGUAAUUUCAAUUUCUGUUAAA